AGGAAGGGAGCUUAGACACUCACUUUUGGACUGGAGAGUGAAGGAGCUCUCUAUACUGACCUGCUUGCUGCUAUGAGGAGGGGAAGCUAUGAUGAAGUUACUGCUGAAAUACGACCGCACUUGCGCAGUCUGGCCCAGAGAAGACAAUCAGCACCAUGUGUGGUGUUUGGGAAGACUCUGGGAAGGUCUUGGCCCUCCAUCAAGGAGGAGUGUAUGUCAGCGAUCGUGAUAGAUCAGUGUCCGUUUGUGCUCGGUCUGAGCAGUGAGGACUCGGAGCUCAUCCUGGAUGACACAGUGCAGCUGACCGAGGGAAUGAAGAAGAGGGAGAGACAUGUAUUCCUCUUCAGUGAUGUGUUGGUCAUCGCUAAGCUCAAAUCCAGAGGCAGCUACAGACUAAAACACAGAGUUAACCUGGAGCAGCUUUGGGUCUCUGACUUUAGAAGUGAGGAUGAUGAAGGAUGUGAGGAUGAAGAUGGACAUGUCCACCUGAAGAGGACAAUCGUUCUGGCCUGGUCUCUCUCUGUGUGUCUGCUGACGUUCAGUUCGCCUGAAGUUAAAGAACGCUGGUUAGAUACUGUUCACAGGAAAAUUACAGAGGCUAGGAAAAGGAGCGCUACAAUUUCACCACCUCCAAGUGUCCUCAUGAAGGUCUUGAGCACCACCACCACAAAUAAAGCUCUGAGUGGAGGAGGAAUGGAGGACAGUGUCAUUGACCUGCAAGUUAAUGCUCUCCAAGGCAACAGCAGCAUCUCCUCCCAGCAGUGCAAGAAGGAGCCACCAAUUGCAGAACAUGAUGCUGGUAAGAGGAGCCUGUUCUCCAAGCUGAAGAGAAGAGACACACACACAGGCAUACCCACAAGGCCAGGACACAAGACGAGCCUGCUGUUUGGCCAGCCUCUCGCUGGAGAUGCUAAAAUCCCCAAACCCAUUGCUGAGCUUCUUGUGCUGUUGUGGAGGAAAGGUCCCAGUACAGAGGGAGUUUUCCGGACAGCGUGUAACAGCAAGAACCUGAGUGCUGUCCGUGAUCAACUCAACUCUGGGGUUGCGGUGGACUUGGAAGCACUGCCUGUGACACUGCUGGUCGGAUUGUUAAAGACUUUCCUGAGGGAGCUUCCAGGAAGUCUCCUGGUGGCUGAGCGUUAUGCUGAGUGGAUGGAAGCACUGGAGAAAAAGAAGAAAGAGGAGACACAUGCUGAAUUGAGAAGGAUUGUUUCCAAACUCCCUGAAGCCAACAGCAACCUGCUGCAGCACCUGCUCUGUUUGCUGUGCCACAUUAUCCAGCAAUCAGAGAAGAACAAAAUGGAGCCCAAAAACUUGGCUAUCUGCAUUGCACCAACUCUGCUACAGCUCAGCAGCCAGACGCUGGACGUGAACACGGUCGAAAAGGUGACAAACUUAACCCAGUUCCUGAUUGAAAAUUGUUGUGAAAUCUUUGGAGAAAAGAUCCUGACUCUGCUUGGAGACCCAGAAGAAGAGCGGGAACAAAACACAGAUACCAAGUCUUCACACCAGCAUGAUUCAGCAUAUGACAGCACUGAUGGAGAGAGUGGAGAGGCAACAGGAUACACACAGCAAGCAUGUCCUCAGAUCCAAAUCCAGUGUUCAGUCAAUCAUUCCCACUCCUCGGAAGACAUUUUCGAGGCUUUCAUCAAGCCCUUCGACCGGCGCAGCUCUGAGCCUGCCAUCUUUUCCUCGGUCGGGGUGAAGGACCGCCGAUAUCUGGCACGGAGUCAAGAUGACUGUUCUUCUGCUAAAGAGUAUGAAGAACAGACGCUGAAGAAGCAAAAUUCGGAUGACUCGUUCCUACAAGCACAGAGGAGACAGUUGCAACCUUUACUGAGAAAAACAACUGGCAGUCUAAACCUUGAAGUACCGGUCAUCACCAAAACCCUCUCCUGCUCCUCAUCUUGUUCUCUGGAAAGCACUAACUCGAACUUAUCUGAGACUUCAGUGUUUGUCAACUCACCUGAGCCUUCUCCAUCCAGCCCUCGGAAAAUACAGCCUGAGAGACACAUGCCUCUUAACGUAAAAUCCAGAGUGGACACAAAUUCAAGGCGUCCAUUUAAGCGAGCCAAAAGCCUAGGCAGUUUCUCCAUUAACAGGGCAAGCAGCAAGAAAACAGAGGCACAAAAAGAGGGCACUUUUCCAUGUGGAACAUUGCAGGAGGACACUCAGAAUGAGGCAGAGGUUCUGGAUGAGCCGGUGAGGCGCCAAAGGCCACUCUCUGCCAUAGAGGUCUUUGAGCAUGUGGACAGACGUGACCCUGGCAGUCCACCAUCCUACCAACAGGCUGUAAUUUCUGGAGUCCUGCAGGCACCUCCAGAAUACCGUUCCAUGACUGUCCAUGAUGCAAGAGAGCUAGGCCAAAGAUCUCGGCCUGUCUCUAUGAAUGAUUACAUUCUGGACUCUUCUCCUGUUAGCCAAAUUUUGGACAAUUUUAACUUCUCAAACGGAGUUUCACCUCAGCAGAGCUCAUUUAGGCAAAGAGCCAUGUCUGAGUCGAUAAGCUGCACCAGGAUUGAAAAACUCCAUCGUCGCUGCAGUCAGCCUGUGUUCGAGGAGCUCUCAUAUGCUAAGGAGUCAUAUGUGUAAAUUAGUACUUAGCUUUUUGUUGUUUUCACAAUGCACUUGUUAGUCUGAGACAUUACCUGUAAGGCAGUGUCAUUUUUCGGUUUCUAAAAGCUAUUUAAUAUGCUAAUGUAAGAAUGAUAUCACCAGUGUGAAGCUAUGUUUAUGUAAAUAUAACAAUAUGUAAACAGAACAAUCUAUGGUAUGGAAUGGUUUGGCAAAAUCAGUUAUUUACUUUUGCACUGGAGAUACAAGGCUAAUAAUGCUAACAAGUAAGAGAGUCUCACCAAAAGUAAAUAGCAGCCUCAAAUCACAUCAAUGACUUCAGUAAUAUCAUGCAGAUUUAACAGUGUAGUUUAGGACAAUCUAUAAUCUAUAAACAUGAACAAAACUUCACUGUGUAGCUGAACACUGUAACAUUAUGGGGCAGCCAUCUUGAAAUGCAAAUCACUGCUUUCCUUAACUUAAUUUGGCAUCAUUCUGCACCUUGGCCAUGCCUGGGCAAUUCUACCAGAAACUGGAAGUUUUGCUGAUAGGCACAGACUAUUCAUGCUGUUUUACAAAAUCAUUUAUUUUACAAUUAUAUAAUCAUAUUUGGAAUAUGAUUAUGUGAAUAUGUGAAGAUUUGAGCAUGUGUAAGUAAAAAGAAACUGGGUCACCUACACUGUUAGAUCUGUGGCUCAGGUUCAAAACUAAAGAAGCAAACGUCAACACCAGUCAUGUCCUGGCUGAUUGACUACAUUUGCACAAAUUUGUGCAUAUUUUGUUUUAACCAUACUAUUCCUGACUACUUGACUAAAGAGUCUAUUCUUAGUUUUCUUCAUCUGCCUCUGGCACUUUCAUGAUGACACUUGUACAUUAGAUAUAUGUAUGUUUGUGUAUGUAUGUAUUUGUGUUAAUAUCCCACUUUCCUUCACUACAAUAAACUUCAUGUUCUAUGAAUUCA